CCCCUUCCUCUUUUCUGCCCCUUUCCUUCUCUUUCCAUUGCUUUCUUUCCCCAUCCUCUUUUCAUGCCUUUCCUUUCCCUUUCCUUCCUCAACACCUUUUUUAAUAAGCCAAUUUUCCAAAAUUUGACGAAGAAUAUACUUAGUGAUUUUUUCUCUUCUGUCAGCUGCAUGAAUUUAAGGCCUGAAGUAAAAUUUUACAUUACUGACAAAAAUUGAGAUUAUUCAGUAUGAUUUAGAUCAACCUCCCAGUUACAAAAUUAUGUCAAUUUCCUUUUACCCUCUUUCUUGCAAGCUGCAGAAAUCAAUCCAACAAUAUAGCUGGAAGAAAAGAAAAAAUUAAAAGAUGCUUUCAUUUUUAUAACAUUUCUUAAUCUUACCCCAUCUUAAAUUUUCUAUAAAAUAAGUGAGGUUGUAUUAUGGAUCAGUGGACCAUCACUCCAGGCUAGCCAUCUUGUAUGAUCACAGAUAAUUUAAAGAGAACAUAUUUCUGUAUUCUCCACUCAGUUUACAGCUUUUUCAACCAUGCAAAGCGGUUUGCUAGCAAAUAAAUAAAUAAAUACAUCCUUGACACGUUUAUAGUCUGGUGACGGUGAGGGGGGAAAUUUGCUUAAAGCCCAAGUAAUCAGACUAUUACCCAGAUCAGGUGGAGAGGGGGAAGGGGUGUGCAGGCGUUCCGUCAGCCCGUGUCGAGGCAGCGAAGGGGGGAAGCGUCCCUCGUAGCGCUGUGCUCUGCUGCCACCUUGGCCGCGCCGCGGGACGUGCAGGGCCCCGCUCCGCGCCCGCGGAGCCCCCGGCGCCCCCGCGGCUGGACCGGCCCGGCCAGCGCCGCUCAGCGCCUGCAAACCGGACAAGGAUAGAUGGCAUGUCCGAAGGGUCAGUUUCGGGGGAGUUUUACGGGGGGGGAGGGGUUGAGUGUGGCUGGGGGUUGUUCUUCAAAUAGGGUUUAUUUGCCUGCUUAAAAUCGAACUUGGAAAUGUGGGUGGGAGAUUUUUUUUCCUGUCCUUUUGCUCGCUGUAGGAUUCUUCUCCUCCCUUGUCCAGCCUUAUCUUACACAUUUAAUGAAGAAAGCACUAAAGCACUGAUGUUCCCAUUCAUACACAUCCACCUGCCUCUCCAUCCUUCCUACAACAUGACAACAGGGGCUCUGGAAGGACCUCCCGGAGCUGCAGUCAGAGGUCUUGUCCCUUUUUUUUUUUUUUUUUUUUUUUUUUUUUCGGGGGGGGUGGGUGCAGAAAAGGGUGACAAAAGCAUCAUAAUGCACUGAAAGUAUAUAUAAAUGAAUACUAAGCAACCAACAGAGUUUGUUAAUCAUGUUUCCCUGCUGUCAUGAUGUUGUCUUGACAUCGGGCUCUGGGCUGGUGUUACACACUUUGGAAAGCUUUCCAACACUUCAUUUCAUCUUUGAAUUGCACAUACUUUUCUCUCAGUUUUAAGAUUUUCUGUGCUUAGGAGAAAACAUGUUCUGACAUGCUGGAGUUUGGUGGUGGUAAAUAUUUCCUUUGAGUACAAAUUGCAUGUGUGAAAAAGGCUCUUUUCCCUUUUCUUUCCCGAAAAUACGUUUCUUUCUCACUUGCUCCUUUGUCUGUUGUAGUUAAUACCUGUAAAAGAGCUGAAUCUGGAGAUCUCAGUGAAAUGGCACUUUUGGAAUUGUACUUUUAACCACACCACGCUGGGGAAAGUGCAGAAGCUCUGUAUAUGUGCGUAUGAGAGGAAUUCUUGCCAUGCAGAUGAGCUUGCAGAAUCUGGUGACAGAGAGGGACCACAGGUGAGUCCCCAGCGAUCUGCUUUGCCAAGAGGAUUUUUCCAGCCCCUAAUUACAGAAAAGCACUCCAUCUGCUCCCCAGAGUUGGCGGUUCUCAUCUGUUUCUAGUGAAAAUAACCAAGAAUAGAAAAUGGCACGUAGUAACGAAUCUCCAGACAAGUAGCCGUGGUGUCCUGCAUUCCCCCCAAACCAGCAUUCCCCGGUGCGGGGGUCGCGGUCCUCGGGAGACAGAAAGAGCUGCAAAGGGUUAAGCCGCUGACUUGCUUGCUAGGCAAAGUUUGAGGAAGACUAUGUCUGAGGCUGGAUACGCUGCAGCCCCGCGUUUGAAAUCCGCCACCCUCAGUCCGGCGCGCCGCGUCUCUGGCUGUCACCGGUGAAUAAUGCUCGCACGGCGAUAAGAUCGCUCGGCGGCGGUGCGCCGGGGCCGCCCGGGGAGGAGAAGACAGGAAACUGCGAGGCGUUUAGCCGCUUCAACGGGGAGUUCUUCAGUGUCAUCGGCAGGCCAGAUCUGGCAGAUAGCGGCUAUGAGGACUUUGCUGACUUCAGAAAGCUGACAGAAACCAACAGACUUCAGUGAAAUAAUCCUCCAAGCACAGAGACUUCUGGUAGCUUUAAAGUAACCUGUUGUUCAUCUGCAAAGACAUGGCUACUGGUUCUUUCAGCACAUAUGGAAGAAGGCAACAAACAUUGUAACCCUGGCUAAUAAGACUGUGUUUUACUUAUCAAAAGUAGGAGGUAGGCCAGUUAUAAAAGGAUUAUCUUAUGCUUAGCCUCCAGGACUUUAACUCUGGCCUGAACACUGGACAUAAGUAGAAGCCAAUUUUAAUGACCUGAGAUUUUGUUACCUGUGCAUUAUUAUUGUUAUCAGUUCUUAAAUACUUCGGUACUUUAUUUCUUUAAAUUAGAAAUGGGUUCGCGGACUAAAAUAUGGCCCACAGAUUGGGCUCUUUUCAUGAAAUCAUGGCUUAUCUUCUCCCUGGGGCUCUACAUGCAGGUCUCCAAAACUUUGGCCUGCCCAAAAGUUUGCCGCUGUGACCGAAACUUUGUCUACUGUAAUGAACGAAGCUUGACCUCAGUGCCUCUUGGGAUACCGGAGGGUGUAACCGUGCUCUACCUCCAUAAUAACCAAAUUAAUAAUGCUGGAUUUCCUGCAGAGUUGCACAAUGUCCAGUCUGUGCACACGGUCUACCUGUAUGGCAAUCAAUUGGAUGAAUUCCCCAUGAACCUGCCCAAGAAUGUCAGGGUUCUCCACCUGCAGGAAAACAACAUUCAGACCAUUUCACGUGCUGCUCUUGCUCAGCUUCUGAAGCUGGAAGAACUGCACCUGGAUGACAACUCCAUCUCCACUGUUGGCGUUGAGGAUGGGGCGUUCCAGGAAGCCAUCAGCCUCAAGCUUCUGUUCUUGUCCAAGAAUCACCUAAGCAGUGUGCCAGUAGGCCUUCCGCUGGACUUACAGGAACUUCGUGUAGACGAAAACCGGAUUGCUGUCAUUUCAGACCUGGCCUUCCAGAAUCUUACAAGUCUGGAGCGUCUGAUCUUGGAUGGCAACCUCCUUACUAAUAAAGGCAUAGCUGAAGGCACCUUUAGCCACCUCUCCAAGCUCAAGGAAUUCUCAAUAGUUCGGAAUUCACUGACUUACCCUCCUCCCGAUCUUCCAGGUACACAUCUGCUAAGACUUUACUUGCAGGACAACCAGAUAACCCAUAUACCACUUACAGCCUUUUCAAACCUCCACAAACUGGAACGUCUUGAUAUUUCCAACAAUCAGCUUCGGAUGUUGGCAAAGGGAGUAUUUGAUAAUCUCUAUAACCUGAGACAACUCACUGUAAGGAAUAAUCCCUGGUUAUGUGACUGCAGUAUAAAGUGGGUCACUGAAUGGCUCAAAUUUAUUCCUACUUCCAUCAAUGUACGGGGUUUUAUGUGCCAGGGACCAGAGCAUGUCCGAGGUAUGGCAGUCAGGGAGCUCAAUAUGAAUAUGUUGUCAUGCCCCACCACCACCCCUGGUCUGCCUCUUAUCAUCACCCCAGUCCCAGCUACAACCAUGCCAACUACAUUAGUUCCCAGCUCAUCAUUUCCUCCCUCAAGUAGUAAAUAUAAUCCUCUCACUCCCAUCAUAGCCACACUCCCCACUGUGCCUGACAGGGAGGACAGAGAAAGGGUGACCCCUCCUUUGUCUGAAUGGAUUCAGCUCUCCAUCCAUUUUGUGAAUGACACUUGCAUCCAAGUCAACUGGAUGUCACUUUUUUCUGUGAUGGCAUAUAAACUCACAUGGGUUAAGAUGGGCCAUAGUCUGGUAGGAGGAAUUGUUCAUGAACGAAUAAUUAGUGGUGAGAAGCAGCAAUCAAGCUUGGUAAAUCUGGAGCCCAAAUCCACUUACCGGAUUUGUUUGGUUCCACUGGAUACUUAUAACAACUACCGAACUGGAGAAGACACUGUCUGUUCAGAGGCCACAACCAAGGCUUCCUUUUUGAAUGGCAGCAACAUCCCUUCUAGCCACGAGCAGACGACUUCUCAGAACCUGGGCUCCCCAUUUCUGCUGGCAGGGUUGAUUGGGGGUGCAGUGAUAUUUGUCCUCGUGGUCUUGCUCAGCAUUUUUUGCUGGCACAUGCACAAAAAGGGUCGUUACACCUCCCAGAAGUGGAAAUAUAACCGGGGCCGUCGGAAAGACGACUACUGUGAGGCGGGGACCAAGAAGGACAACUCCAUCCUGGAGAUGACGGAAACCAGCUUCCAGAUUGUCUCCUUAAAUAAUGAUCAGCUCCUUAAAGGAGAUUUCAGACUGCAGCCCAUUUAUACCCCAAAUGGGGGCAUUAACUACACAGACUGCCACAUCCCCAACAACAUGCGAUACUGCAACAGCAACGUCUCAGACCUGGAGCACUGUCAUACGUGAUAGUGAGGGAAGAUGGGGGGCUCUAGGACAAGGAGAAAAAACUCUAGGAAAAUAAGCCCCCUAACAAUAAUGAAAAAAAUUACAUUUGAUAAAUGUUACACAGAUGCAUUUAUGCAUUUGAAUACUCUGUAAUUUAUACGGUGUACUAUAUAAUGGGAUUUAAAAAAAAAAGUGCUAUCUUUUCUAUUUCAAGUUAAUUGCAAAUGGUUUUGUAACUCUUUGCUUUUUAAAUCUUUAAAAAAAUAUUGCUGAGUACUGUACAGGGUUGUACAAUAAGAACCCAAUGUCAUGGCAAAGGAAAGAAUGACUCAUUCUUCAAACAUUAACCACUUUGCUGUCGAAGCAGUCUGAGGGAUGUUAAGUUUCUAGGUGUCCCGGAUUACAGGAAAAUAAGUGCAUAUUAAAACAGGGUCACUAGGAACAGACAAAAGCAAUUCAGAUAAAAUGGGCACAACCCUUCUGACUUGAACUCAGCAGUUGCUGUUGAGCUUCAAACAAUUGGAAAUACAUCCGUUCCUCUUUGUUAGUUCUGCACUUCUCACUUCCAGCUGAAAGCUGGAGUUCGGAGUGCUGCCAAAAAAGCUACUUUCUUGUUUGAUUACUUUUCUUUCAAUCUACUUGGAAUAGGAAACGUGGAAAGAGCUCAGUGUCAAACUCAAAGUGACCUUGAUUCCUAAUUGCAAAAGUUGCUCAGAAAAUGUCCCCAAUACUAGAUACUUUAUCUUAGAAACUGUUCCUGCUUUUCACUAGGAUUAAGAGGCUUUAGGCAUUCUCUGACCCUUCUCAGUGGGAGGUGGAGGUUAUGUAAGAGUGUGUAACAGAGAGCUGUCAUUAAGGUGCACCUCCUAGCAGAGCAGCACUUGUUGACAUAGCAUGUUCAGGUAAAGCCAAAGUGAGGGGAAUUCUGAGUGCUCCAAGCUCUGCAGUAUUCAUGUACAUGUUCAUGUAAUUUGAAAUCUAAAAGUGCGUAUUCCUGAAAACCUGGUUCAAAAUAUAAUGGCAAUGGAAAGGUUUUGCUAAUAGUUUGUGGGGUGCAAGCUUUGUUUGACUUAAGGGUCUGAGUUAUGUUCAGUAUGGAGAAAGAGGGGGGAAAAAAGAAAAAAAAAGAGAAAACAAACAAGAAAUAUGUUGUAAAAAAGGAUUUAGUACUGGAAAGACCUCCAGGGCUAUUACGAACUGAAAUAUGUUCAGUGGGGAAAAUCAUGUACAAAUUUUGGUGGGUUUUGUUUGUUUGUUUUGCUUUUUUUUCCUUCCCAAUUAAAGUAUACAGAGACUGACA